AUGAUUUCCACCGUACUCUGUUCUCUCCUUAUUGCCGGCCUCGCCGGUGCUACUCCGGUCAAGCGUGACCCUCCCGGUGCUGUUGCCCUCGGCCAGAAGUACGGCGCACAGACACCUCUUACCACCACUGAAGACCUCUUCACCACCCAAGAGCUCCGUGGAGAGGGUGGCCACAAUGUGCCUUUGCACAACUAUCUCAACGCCCAAUAUUAUGCCGACAUUACCUUGGGCUCGCCACCGCAGUCGUUCAAGGUCGUCCUUGAUACAGGCUCUUCCAACCUUUGGGUACCCGGCAAGUCUUGCACCUCAAUUGCAUGCUUCCUCCACGCGAAGUACGAUUCGAGUGCAUCGAACACGUACAAGGCCAAUGGCACCGAGAUACUCACCAUUGGCGAUAUUGCUGUGAAGCAUCAAGACUUUGCUGAGGCGACUAAGGAGCCUGGCCUUGCUUUUGCCUUUGGCAAAUUUGACGGCAUCUUGGGUCUUGCGUUCCCCCGGAUCUCGAACCUCUUUACUUUCCGUGUUGGAAGCAGCGAGCAGGACGGUGGCGAGGCUGUCUUUGGCGGUAUCGACGAGAGUCACUACAAGGGCAAGAUUCAUUACGUCCCUGUCCGUCGCCCAGGCUUAUUGGGAGAUCUUACCUUCCAGUUUGGCGGCAAGCCCUAUGCUCUAGGUGGUUCUGACUACGUCCUGAACGUUCAGGGAACCUGUAUCAGCGCCUUUACUGGUCUAGAUAUCAACCUCCCUGAUGGCGGAAGUAUUUGGAUUGUCGGUGAUGUCUUCUUGCGCAAGUAUUUCACUGUGUAUGAUAUCGGCCGCGAUGCUGUUGGCUUUGCUGAGUCUACCUGA